UGGAGCGGGACUGCCGUCUUCCCGGAGCGCGAGACCCUUCCUUGAAUCCAGCACUGGGACGUCUCGCCCUCUCGUGGCACUUGUUGCAGGUGACAGGCAAAUCUGGUGGCCUGGUAGCUUUGAAGAAAGAAGAGUAGAAGGAAAAACUAGGACAAGUCAUGUCGGAGAUACUUGAUCUCUCUUUUCUGUCUGAGAUGGAAAGGGAUUUGAUCCUCAGUGUUCUACAACGAGAUGAGGAACUCCGAAAAGCAGAUGAGAAAAGGAUUAGGCGACUGAAGAAUGAGUUACUGGAGAUAAAAAGGAAAGGAGCCAAAAGGGGCAGCCAGCGCUAUAGCGAUCGGACCUGCGCCCGGUGCCAGGAGAGCCUGGGCCGUUUGACUCCCAAGACCAACACUUGUUGGGGUUGUAAUCACCUGGUGUGUCGGGACUGCCGCGUUCAGGAAAGUAGCGGUGCCUGGAAGUGCAAGGUGUGCACCAAGGAAAU